AUACUUAACCCACUAAUCUUCAUUCCAAAAGUAGAUGGGGCUAUUUGGCCAAUACAAAGGAGUAUAUUCAAUAAAUUCCCAAUGAAAAUGAUAUUACUACUAAACUUUUUAUCUUUUCACUUGUACUCUAGCAUUUAUUUAUUCAAGGACUCUUAAGCAGUACUACUAUAUAAAAGGUCUCACAUUUAACAUUUUCCUUCACAACUGCAAAUUGGGUUUUACCCUUAAGAACUACACAUCCUCUAAAAAUGGCUACUUUAUGGUGGUUGUUGGUUGUUUUAAUGGUGGGUAUUAAAGCAAAUGGGUAUCCAAUGGAGGACUUAGUGAUAAAUCUACCAGGCCAACCAAAAGUAGGGUUCAAACAAUUUGCUGGGUAUAUUGAUGUGGAUGUUAAGGCUGGAAGAAGCUUGUUCUAUUACUUUGUUGAAGCAGAAAAUGACCCUCAUCAUAAACCCCUUACUCUCUGGCUUAAUGGAGGGCCUGGUUGCUCUUCCAUGGGUGGUGGUGCAUUUACAGAAUUGGGCCCUUUUUUCCCAAGAGGUGAUGGUAGAGGCCUAAGGAGGAAUUCCAUGUCUUGGAAUAAAGCUUCAAAUCUCUUGUUUGUUGAGUCACCUGCCGGAGUGGGAUGGUCGUAUUCAAACACAUCAUCUGAUUAUAAUACUGGAGAUGCUGCCUCAGCUAAGGAUAUGCUCACAUUUCUUGUAAAUUGGAUGAAGAAGUUUCCCGAAUUCAAAUCAAGAGAUUUGUUUCUCACCGGGGAGAGCUAUGCAGGGCAUUACAUACCACAACUAGCUGUUGCCGUGUUGGACUAUAAUGCUCACUCAAGAGCGUCCAAGCUCAGCUUGAAAGGAGUUGCCAUUGGUAAUCCAUUACUCAAACUCGAUAGGGAUGUUCCCGCAACGUACGAGUACUUCUGGUCCCAUGGAAUGAUAUCAGAUGAAAUUGGCCUUACCAUCAUGAAUCAAUGUAAUUUUGAGGACUAUACUUUUCCAAGUCCUCAUAACGAAUCCGAUUCUUGCAACAACGCAAUAUCACAAGCAAACAACAUUGUUGGUGAUUAUAUUAACAACUACGAUGUUAUUCUUGAUGUUUGUUAUCCAUCUAUUGUGGAGCAAGAACUGCGGCUUAAAAAGAUGGCUACUAAAAUGAGCAUGGGAGUCGAUGUUUGUAUGACUUACGAAAGGAGAUUCUACUUCAAUCUUCCCGAAGUACAGAAAGCACUUCAUGCUAAUCGAACUAACCUGCCUUAUCCAUGGUCUAUGUGCAGCGGAAAUCUGAAUUACAGUGAUACUGAUGGUAGUUUAGAUAUGCUUCCUCUCCUCAAAAGGAUACUUUUGCAUCAUAUUCCUAUCUGGGUGUUUAGCGGAGACCAAGAUUCUGUCGUGCCGUUGCUUGGCUCACGCACCCUUGUUCGUGAGCUUGCACACGACCUUAAAUUCAAGGCCACUGUCCCUUAUGGAGCAUGGUUUCACAAAGGACAGGUAGGAGGAUGGGCAACAGAAUACGGAGGCUUACUGACGUUUGCGACUGUAAGGGGAGCUGCACACAUGGUACCUUACGCGCAGCCAUCAAGGGCGUUGCAUUUGUUUAGUUCAUUUGUUCGAGGCAAAAGACUGCCGAGUACAACUAAAUUAUCCGACUAACUAUAUUCAAGAGGGCUAGUAAAGUGAUAUAGAAUAUAACGUAGGAUAAUCGAAUAUUCAACAGUUUCAACUGCAAGAAAGUGAGCAUAGAUUUAUGUUAUUCGAGUGUGUUGGAAUCUGGCUCGAAGGAGUCAGAUUCUUGUGUGAUUUGAGAAUUUGCAAGUACUUAAAGUUUGAUAUUUUCAUGGGAAAUAAAAAUGUUCAACUGUUUUUGUGUGAAGUAAGAAAAUCCAUCAUAUCAGAGCAUGAUCCAUAUGCAGGAAAAAAUACAUUUUUAAUCGUUUUAGCUUAUUUUAUAUAUUACGGUUAAUGUAUAAGAAAAAAUAUAGUCAAGUGAAAUUUUAUUCGGAUCGUCUAA